AUGAUGCACUCCAACAUGAAGAUGGCCACUGCCAUGGGAACAACCACAAAGACAAUGAAACAGAUGAACAAAGUAACGGACCCGCAAAAGACGGCAGCCAUGAUGCGGGAGUUUCAGAAAGAAAAAUACAAAAUGGACAUGACUGAAGAAAUGA